AUGAGCGGCGAGAUUGAUGCCGUCUACAUAUAUGACGAGCAAAAUGCCCCUCUCGUUGAACAUGUCUACCGAGCCCGCCCGCCUUCCGCCGCGGCCAUCCUACCCCUCUACCUUGCCCAUGCUUCCCCGCGCCCAUCUUUACUUUACUUCCCGACGACAAGCCCUCCGGUGACGGUAUUCUCGAUAAUCCAGUCUAACCUGCUUUUUCUUGCGGUGACCGAAGUCGACACCGAGCCGCUCUUGGUGCUCGAAUUCCUGCAUCGCGUGGUGGAUGUACUUGAGGACUUCGUUGGCGCUCCACUUCUCUCGACCAAAAUCCAGGCGAAUUACGAUGUGGUGGCUCAAUUGCUGCAUGAGAUGUGCGAUGGGGGAGUGGUAUGCAAUACCGAGCCCAACUCGUUACAAGAGGUUGUUGAAGUUCCGGGGUGGAUGGGGAAGCUUCUGAGUGGUAUAAGUGUACCUGGUGCUUCCACACCGACCACGAACAAUCCUCUAAGACAAUCUCUGGCCACGGCUAGUGCAUCGCAAGGUCCCGCAAUUCCCUGGCGACGACCCGGGGUACGGCACACAUCUAAUGAGCUAUAUGUUGAUAUUAUUGAAUCUCUUUCCGUGACUAUGGCGCCUUCUGGAAGGCUGCUUUCUGCAUUGGUAUCCGGGACAAUCGCAUUCACCGCAAAAAUAUCUGGAGUUCCCGACCUACACUUGUCAUUAUCAGCCCCCGGUGGUCAACAGUCGCUCGCUAAAAAGAUUGAUUUGCCUGUAUUUCAUCCAUGUGUCCGCCUAGCUCGCUGGCGUGAAAAGCCCGGAGAGCUUAGCUUCAUCCCUCCCGAUGGCCGCUUUAUCCUGGCCGGGUAUGAGGUCGAUCUUCUUCCGAUAGACCCGGAUCUCGAUAGCCCGCCAAGUCACAUGGAGAAAUUGUUCCUUCCCGCGAUUGUUGAUAUUCGCAAGUCAUUAGGCUCCUCUGGGGCAGACUUUGAGGUUCGGCUUACACUGAACACCAGUUUUCCCGGACAAUCCUCUCGCCCGGCCCCAUCUCGAGGCGGAUCUGGAACUUCUACGCCAUCGUUCCUUGGCGGCAGUAGCUCCAGUGGGCCGGUGUUAGAAGAGGUGGUUGUCAGCGUUCCGAUUUCCAAAUCUGUGCGUCACAUCACGGACAUGCAGGCUAGUCGUGGCGAUGCUCAGUACUCCCCUAGUACCGGGUUGCUUGAAUGGAGAGUCCCCACUGGCCGUGACGCCGGAACUAUAUCUGGCGUCGCAACUCUCCGCUGCACCGUUGCAGGAUAUCCAUCAGCAGAUGAAGACUUCGAUAGUCUUGAGGAGGUCGAUGAAGAUGCCAACGCAAACCUUUUGCAGGGUUACUACGAAGACCCUGCCUCUUACGAUAACCCUUCUACCACUACCACCCGCAAGACACGGUCUUCCGACCCUUCAAAGAAGAAGAAAAAGAAGAAGAAGGAAAAGUCGAGCAAGAAAUCAUCUCGCUCUGCUGCUGUUCUCGCCGAAGAUGCAGGUGAUGGCGAAGCCGUCUCUGAAGAACUGGUCAAAGCCUCUGCAUCGCCUUCUCCCAACCCUUCUAAACCUCAUACUCCAACACCUCCGCCCCAACCCCAACCUCAAUCACCAAACCCCUCCCAACUCCCAGCAUUCUUUGCGCCUUCUUCCGCACCCCGCUCCGUGCCCCGCAAGACCAAAAUCCAAAUGAAUGCGAACCUCAUGCCGAACUCGGCAUCCGUCUCUUUUUCAGUGCGCGGCUGGCUCCCCUCUGGCAUUAAAGUGGAAAGUCUGAAUAUUGAUCAGCGACGCAGCCGUGGUGUAGGCGAGAGCGUGAAGCCGUACAAGGGUGUUAAAUACCUUUGCGUAAGUCGGCGCGGCGUUGAGCGGCGUUGUUAA